ACAAUGGGACUUUCUAGAAACAAGAGACCAACUAAUCUUGAAAAGCAUCUUCAGGAGAACAUUGUUGGUCAAGAACAUGCGGUAUCUUUGGUUGCUCGAACUAUCAGACGAAAAGAAGCAGGUUGGCAAAGCACGGAGAAGCCGUUGGUAUUCCUAUUUUUGGGUUCAUCGGGCACUGGGAAAACUGAGAUGGCCAAAGCGGUUUCGACCCACUUGAAACUAAAAGAGACAGCUUUCAUCAGAAUCGACAUGUCCGAAUAUCAAGAAAAGCAUGACGUUAGCAGGUUUGUCGGGGCUCCUCCUGGUUACCUUGGUCAUGAUGCCGGUGGUCAACUCACAGAGAAACUAAAGAAGACUCCGAAGGCUGUUGUUCUGUUUGAUGAAGUUGAAAAAGCACACCGUGAUGUUCUGACCAUUAUGUUGCAGCUUUUUGAUGAGGGAAGACUGACAGACGGAAAGGGGGAGACUGUCAUGGGUAACAAGGCUAUAUUCUUCAUGACAUCAAACCUGGGAAGUGAUGCUAUUACUGACUUCUGGAAGAAAGAAAAUAAGCAAUCAGGUUUGAAUAUUCAAAAAUCUUAUCUUAACAUAGGACAAGUGAAAAUUCCCGACAACUUCCAGCAAGAAGUCAUCCAGCCUAUUCUCAAGAGGCACUUCAAGAGAGACGAGUUCCUAGGCAGAAUCAACGAGACUGUCUUCUUCCUACCAUUCACCGAGGAUGAUCUUGUUCAACUCGUUACCAGAGAGAUGGAUAAAUGGUCGAAACUUGCAAACAGCAGACAUAGAAUAAGAGUGUCAUGGGACGAUUCUGUCUUGAAAGUACUGGCCAAUGGCUACAAAGUAGAUUACGGGGCUCGUUCGAUCAUACAUGAGGUUGAACGGAGAAUCGUUAACAACCUGGCACAACUGCAAGGUGAAUAUGAAGAUAUCGUGAAAGGCAUUCGUAUAUCUGUGGAAAGGGAAAGCGCCACCUUGCGAGCGGUAAUGAAGAUGGAGGUACUCGAUCACCAUGAUCGUGUUAGGAAAGAAAUUUCAAUAUGA